AUGGAUGAAAUCUUGUCAACUGCAAGUGCGCUUGAUGGUAUGCUACACGAAGAUGUGUCUGCAACAGGUUUACUAACAAUUCGACAAGUCGCAGGAACGCUCGAUCUGAACGAACAGCAGGCCGCACAAGCACUCGAGGCCUAUGCUCGCGAACUACCAUCGGAGCGGCUGGUGUUUGCAACUGUUGAACCACAAGCUGAUGCCGAUAACCCGAGUCGACGGUGCUUCCGGUUUCGGGUGCACUGCGGGUACAACGGUCCAGGGGAUCGUCUGUACGGUGUACUGCGGCCGGGUGUCGUGAUAACGGAAGCAGAGCUGCCCGCGGUUGUGGCGGGUGCUGGGGUGAACGCGCUCACUGAGGCCUCUGGGCGCAAGUCUAAAUCCAAUGCCUUGCUCUUAGGGCAAACGUUGAAGGCUGAUGAGCCGCACCGGAACGCUGCGCCGUCUGGUGUUUCCGCUGCUAACGAGAAAGGUAGUGCCUCCAAUAGCAGCCAAACAGCACUGUACCGCUUCCUCACCGAAGAACAAGAGGUUGUGCGCGCACCUGCUGUACGCUCUCCAGACGGAGUCUGUGUUGGUUCCAGUCUAAACGGAAACGGAUCCAGUGAGGGCAUGGUUGCAGAACCUGAAACAAAACGUCUGCGCCCUGGCGCCUCAACGGGGGCCUUUCCCGCUGACCUCAAAGGUGCAUCGACUGCGUCGGGCGCUUCGGCAUUGGAUGUUGCUAGCGUCGCUUCGAGAACAGUGGUGAAGGGUACCAAAGCAGACGCGACGACGCAGGAUCUUUUCAUAGAGAAUCAGCGAGCAACACCAAUGGAACGAACAGCGACGAUCGUUGCAACGACAUCUCAGCGCAUAGCGUCGGGCAAAGCAAAGCACCCGGGCACUUGUCGACAUGACGUUCCCGGACAUACAGAGCCAAUGAGCGAAGAAUGUGCCCCUACCUCACCGGAUAGGAUGAGCUUAGAACAAGGUCGAGACAGCGCUUCGGGAAUGCAAGAUCAGCGUCGAUAUUCAACGACCGAGACGCUGCCGCUGAUGCCGGCCAGUCCACGACGAUCUCGUCGACGCCUGGUUACAAGUGACGACGAAGACGAACAACAUCCCGUUAGGCCAGAUGCUCGCGAGAGCAGACCAUGCGAGGAGGCAUGCCUUUCUGGACAAAACGCCGAGAGAUCGACUUGGAAUCGCCAAGCGCCUGAGGCGUGCUUCCCGGCAUUAGACACUCCAGCGAAUGCAUCCGUCACUGACCCAAAGCUGCUGGCAUCUGAGUUUGCUUCUGUGCAAACUUGUGAAGCGCCUGGAGCCAAUGACCUGCUCUCCGAGACCGAGAGGAGCGCGCUGGUCCCAUCCCGGGGAACGUGUCGACACCCCGAGCAGGGAACCGUGCACUCGAAUGAGAAACAUUCGAGAGCGAGCGUUGCUGCUGGUAAGAUUUUAGAAGAGACCAUCACGCCUGACGGGGAAAUCCUUGUUCGCUUGGCAGACGCUUCAAGACAAGGUCAUGCCGCCGCACCAGAGCAAGCUCCUGCCAACGACACCAAGGAAAAACGAGCCUGGAUCGCGCCUGCGAGCACAGAGCGUCUGCCUGCACCGAGAAUCCCCCGAACGAAGACGUCUACCCUUCAUCAGACGCCCUCUGGAACACCAGCGAGGGAACCCGCUCCGAGAGAAGCAACCUCAGUGAACUCGCGAAUAUCUGCCGAGCCACAGGGCAUCCGAAAGUUUUUUACGCCACGCCCUAGAGCGAGCUGA